AUGCAAUGGUCCGGACGCUCUUUACUGGUCGGCAUCGCCUCUGGCAUCGCGCUGGCUGUAAUCGUCGACCAUGUCCGGCAAUACUACACCUCAAAAUCCAGGUCUUCUUCCAGGACUCGGCUUCAAGCCCAACCAGAAGACACCAUCUCUUCCACCGGGAUCAACAAGAUUGCUCCGUCCCCGAUCGGCAGCGGCAUAGAGUCAACCAUUGGCUCGACACCCCUGAUCAUAAUCCCCUCGCUCAGUGAGGUUACAAAGUGCACAAUCCUCGCCAAGUGUGAACACCUCAACGGCGCAGGCUUCUCGCCCAAAGACCGGGUGGCGCUCAGCAUUAUCACGCGCGCUGAGCGAGACGGCCUCCUCACGCCCCAUUCAGGGGACACCAUCUACGAAGGAACUGUCGGGUCCACAGGCAUCAGCCUCGCCACGCUUUGCCGAGCGAAAGGCUACCAAGCGCACAUCUGCAUGCCGAACGAUCAGAGCCACGAGAAAUCAAAUCUUCUGCUUAAACUCGGUGCCGUGGUGGAGCGAGUCCCGCCUGCCCCGAUCGUCGACCAGGAGCAUUUCGUCAACCGCGCACGGAACUUGGCGAAACAGCAUACCGCAGACUCAACGAGACAGGGCCGAGGCUAUUUCGCCAACCAGUUCGAAACAGAGGCGAAUUGGCGCGCCCACUACGAAGGCACCGGCCCAGAAAUCUAUAGCCAGUGUGCUGGAAACAUCACCGCUUUCUGUGCGGGUGCCGGCACUGGAGGUACGAUUUCUGGGGUGGCGGCAUAUCUCAAGCAGCAGAACCCAGAUAUCAGAGUUAUACUGGCCGAUCCGCAGGGCAGCGGUCUUUUUAAUAAGAUCAAGCAUGGGGUUAUGUUCCACACGUUGGAACGAGAGGGCACAAGACGGAGAGACCAAGUAGACACCAUUGUUGAGGGGAUAGGCUUGACGCGCUCGACCGUGAAUUUUGAGCGGGGAAGGGAUUUAAUCGAUGAUGCGAUCAAAGUUACUGAUCAACAGGCCAUGAAUAUGGCGCGGUGGUUGGUAGAGCGGGACGGCAUUUUCGUCGGCAGCAGUAGUGCCGUGAACUGCGUUGCAGCCCUGCGAACAGCACUCGAACUUGGCCCCGGCCAUACAGUGGUCACAAUCCUGUGCGACUCCGGCAAUCGCCAUCUAUCAAAGUUCUGGGGACAGAUAGGUGAUAUCGGGGGAGAAGGACGCACAACUGUCGAGGACAUCCUCGAGGGCAGAAAGCUGGACUGA